CUUCUUUCUGGUUUUUUUUUUUUUUUUUUUUUUUUGCAUGCAUGUGAGAUCAUUUAGUAACCUUAUUCUAUCAGAAGGGGAAUGAGGAUCUGGAGGGAGAGACUAUCACCCCAGCUCACAUGUUGCAGUGUGUCCUGAGCAGCUCCUCUCCUCCUCCUAUGCAUCCUGCAGCCUCUCCAGCACAUCACUGACUGAUCAGGCAUUUUGUAGCCUUUUUUUUUAAUUUAUUUUUUUUUAUUAUUAUUUCUAUUUGUAUUCAUUUAUUUAUUUAUUUUUUAUAUAGAGAGAGAUCUAGAUACAUUCUUUGUAUAUUGUAAAUAUUUGGAUUCUGUGUGGUUGAAGAUCCUCCUGUGAUCUGUUGGAUUUCUUCAUUCUCUUGGGGGUGUCACAAAAUCCGCAAAGCUGUAUCCGACUGGGGGAUCUCUGGAUUUUUCCCACAUUAUGAUGCAAGGAGAUGGACGGCGGCGAAGAAAUGAGAAUUACUUUGAUGAUAUACCAAGAUCAAAGCUGGAAAGACAGAUGGCUCAGAGUAAAUAUGAUUUUCAGACAGGAGAUUGGGGAGAUCAACCUUCUAUCAGCCUCCGAGCCCCCAAUGAAGCCACAGGCUCGAUACCCUUUCAGUACUGGCAACACCAUCCAGAAAAGCUCAUCUUCCAAGCGUGUGAUUACAAAGCAUAUAGCAUGCCAUUUGGGGGAAAGUAUGGACCCAUAUUAAAACCCGUUGCUCACCCCCAGUGUUCCUGGUCUGAGAUGAUAAAGUAUUUAGGAUCAAUGUUGAUAAAGGAAUUGAGAGGAACAGAGUCAACGCAAGAUGCCUGCUCGAAAAUGAGGAAAUCAACAGAACAAAUGAAGAAAGUUCCGACAAUUAUUCUGUCAGUUUCGUACAAAGGAGUGAAGUUUAUGGAUGCUGCUAAUAAGGCGAUCAUCGCUGAACACGAAAUCCGCAAUAUAUCUUGUGCAGCCCAGGAUCCUGAAGACCUCUCUACCUUCGCAUAUAUCACAAAAGACUUGAAAUCUAACCUACACUAUUGUCAUGUUUUCACAGCUUUUGAUGUGAAUUUAGCAUAUGAGAUCAUCUUGACAUUAGGACAGGCGUUUGAGGUUGCAUAUCAGCUUGCACUACAGGCCAGGAAAGGAGGACAUUCCUCAACACUUCCAGAGAGUUUUGACAGCAAGCCCACCAAACCUAUCCCAAAACCUAGAGUCAGCAUUCGAAAGGCAACGAUAGAUCAGUCUGAUCAAAAGACUCUCGCCAAUUUGCCUUGGAUCGUUGAACCGGGGCAAGAAACAAAAAGGGGGAUUAGCACCAAGUACGAAACCACAAUAUUCUAAUAAUGACUCCUCCCAUCUACUUGGUGUGCCUUCGUACACUCUCCUACAUGAGUCCAUCGCUCAAGCCUCGGUCGCCUCUUUACUCCAGAAGAAACAGUUGUCGACACGGACUGUACAGCAGCAAGGGAUGAUUCUUUUCACUAACAACACAAUACUGCCAAGAAAAGGAAUCCUCUAUUUUUUGAUGAUUUUUUUUCUCAUGUAUUCUCUAUCACAGUGUUUCUUUUUUUUAUUUUUUUUAUUUUUUUUUAAUGUUUUACCUCUGGAUUUAAUCAGAAAAGAGAAGUCUCCAUGUAAAUUUUAUUCUAAUUCUUUCAUUAUGCAGUUGGUUUGUGGCAGUGAUAUAAUCGAUGACCUCUCGAAAGCCGUGACUGAACCAAGAAAAAAUAUAUUGCAAAAAAAAAUAUAUAUAUAAAUAAAUAAAAAAAAUCUAAUAAAAACAAAAACCAACAAUAAUAUAAAAAAUUGAACUUUAAGAGCUGCCAAGAAAAAUCGAGUACUUUAUAUGCACAAGUGCAUCUUUAUAUCUGAUUAUUAUAUGUGAUUUCAUUACAGAAAAUAGUAUUCAAGAUUUCUGAAGGAACUGGGUUUGCUUCAAUGUAAAGAGUACUUUGUAUAAUAUUUUAUAGGCUAUUAAAGUUGAAGCCUUGUUAAAAAAAAAAUUGCAAAAAAAAAAAUUCUAUUACUGUAUCCAUAAAGAAUAUAAAAAAUUGUCAGUAAAAUGACACAAAAAAGA